AUGCAAAUUGAGUCUCAUAUUGUACAAUUCUAUAAAUCUAUCCCAAUAGUCAGCAGAACUCUGUUCACAAUAAGCAUGGGGCAGACUGUGCUUACAUACUUAGAUAUAAUCAGUCCAUACAAUCUUAUAUAUUCAUUCCCCCAUAUAAAGCAGCUCGAGCUGUGGAGGGUUGUAACUGCGUUUUUCUACUGGGGCCCUGCCACACUUGACACUUUAGUGCAUCACUUCUUUAUGCUGAAAUACUGCAUUAUGAUGGAAGAGGCAGGAAGCAAUCCAGCAGAGUUUCUGUAUAUGAUUCUUGUAGGAAUGGCACAAAUUCUAGUGUUUGCAACUGCACUUGGGCUGCAGAGACUUUCUAGUAUAUUAUCAACAUAUAUUAUUUAUGUAUGGAGCAGGAAAAACCCUCUUAUUGUAGUGCAGUAUAUGGGUCUGUUCAGCCUACCAGCACAUUACAUACCUUGGAUUAUGUUUAUAUUCUCAUACCUGGCAGAAAGGUCUCUUCCAAUAAAUGAUCUAAUUGGGAUUUUGACAGGGCAUGUGUACUUCUACUUUAAAACAGUCUACAUAAAAACAAACCCAGGAAGUGACCCGCUGGCAACGCCGCAGUUUCUUAAAAAUCUGUUUAUAAAAAGAAAAGCACAACCCACCCAGUCCGAAAGGCCUGCAGGCACAAGAAGGCCAACAACACUCGCAGAUUUAGAGGAAUAAGUACGUGUGUUAAUAGCACUGGAUGUAAAACCUAGGUGGUAUGGGCAAUAAAGCUGCUAAUACUCGCACAUUGCCAUUAUAUAUGCAAAAGAUCUUUUCAUAUAUUUUAUACCUAGGUAAGCAGGCAUAAAAAUCAGGAAAAACUGGCUAGACAGAAAAAUAAAGCAUGUUCCAG